GAACGAGUUCCGCGAGAGGGCUGGGCGGGAAGAGGGAAACAGAGCUUGUUUUGUUUCCAUGGAAAAGGAUGCUGUUGAGUCAGGAUUAGGGAAUCGUUGCUGCCCUGUCACUGCGAGGAGACCUCGUUGAGGCCUUGCGGUACUUACGGAGAGCUUUAAGCAGGAGGGAAACCAACCUUUUACGUGUGAUAAUAACAGAAGGAGGGGGAGUGGUUUUAAACCAAAAGAGGGGAGAUUCAGAUUAGGUGUCAGGGGGAAACUCAUCAUUCGGAGGCCCUGGCACUGCUGCAUGGAACUGCGGGUGCCCCAUCCUUGCAGGUGCCCAAGGCCAUGGAUGGGCUCCGUGCAGCCUGAGCUGGUGCCCCAUGUAGUGGCUGGUAACCCUGCCUGUCCCAUUAAUCCUGCUCUGGUCACAUUAUCUUUGAGAUCCCUUCUGAUCCAAACCACUGUAUGGUUCUUGAGCCCCCUGCUUUUGCUCAGUUUUCUUUUCAAAAGAACACCUCUCUGGUAUGUAACAACUCACCUGGAGGAGCACUGGGGCUCUUUGAGAUGGGACCUCCCAGCUACUGCUGUUUUCCUCAUGAUCCACAUGAUUUCAAGUGUGGCUUUGCAGUCACCAAUGGUCCUUGACCACGCACCAAGAUAUGCACUAAAGCCAUAUAAUUUCACUGCCCGCGCUGCACAAAGUAGCUGCAGAGGGACUGGUGCUUCAGACAUGUAAAAUAAGAUGGUGCCAUUAGGUUGUUUUAAGUCAGAGCUGCUUCCCAAGUGCAAGUGUACAGGCGUUGUGGAGCUGCAGCUCAGUUGGGCAUAAUCUUAAGCUUGCCAAACAAGUGACAGAAGAGGAAAACUUCAGGUUUGUUGUAAGCAAACACAGUGAAGCAAUACUGAGUGUGAGAAAGGCACUGGGAGGGUCUGGAGCUGUUAACUUUUGGUGCAUGGGAGAGGACAAAAGUCUUUUCUGUACCUUGUGGGCUCGGGCUGUCUGUUUAAUCAUCAACAUAAAGUGGAUUGGCAGCAUUCUCACUGUUGUUUUUUUCUCUUGUAACAGAUAGAGAAAUGGGAGAGUAGAACUGCCCUCAUUUCAGCAGUUCUCCCAGAUGACAUUUGUGCCCACUUCUCUUAAAACAAAACAGGUGACAGAAUCACAGAGAGCAGAAUAUGGCUGGACAAAUAUCAGAAACUGAUCAGAUCAAGCAGUUCAAGGAGUUCCUGGGAACAUAUAAUAAAAUCACAGAAAAUUGCUUCAUGGAUUGUAUAAGGGAUUUCACCACCAGAGAAGUUAAGCCAGAAGAGAUAACUUGCUCAGAACACUGCCUACAGAAGUAUUUGAAAAUGACACAGAGGAUCUCCAUGAGAUUUCAGGAGUAUCACAUUCAGCAGAACGAAGCUCUGGCAGCGAAAGCAGGACUGCUCAGCCAACCUCGUUAGACAAGAGCGCUCUGUUCAGACUUCACGAGCAGUGCCAGUGUUCACUGGGCAAGAACACGUUUUGGAUUUCCUACUGUCAGGGUGCAUGUCCAGCAACUCCAGAGAUUGCUGUAGGUGUGUUUGGAAACUGGAAGCCGUGGAGGGUAACGCAAAGAGUUAGAGAGUGCUGUCUGACAGCAGAGUCUCUUGCUGAGGUCUUUUCCAUUCUACAGUGGAAUAAAGCAAUUUUUUCUUCAGGGCCCACAGACUACUAUGUUUAAAUUUCAAGAGGAUGGGAAAGUUAUACUUUUUCUUCUGUCAGGACUGAUUCAGAGGCAAAAGAAGUGUAAUAUGGAAAUACAUUUUUUUUAAUUUAAUUCAAGUAAAGUAAAUGGAACCAUA